UCUUGGCCUUGAUGUGGCUUAUGUAAAUCCACUUCCACUUCAAGACUCAAAUGUUCUUCAGCAAACACUGUGUUUGAGUUUUUAGUCAAAUAGAGGCAUGCCAUCUUCCACAAAGACUAGUACAAAUUCCUGUGAAGUUGCAGAUCAACUGAGAAGAGGGCCUUGGACUCUAGAGGAGGACUCUCUCCUAAUUCAUUACAUUGCUCGCCAUGGUGAAGGCCACUGGAAUUUGCUUGCAAAACGUGCAGGGUUGAGGAGAACUGGCAAGAGUUGCAGGCUGAGAUGGCUGAACUAUCUGAAACCAGAUGUUAAGCGUGGAAACCUUACACCACAUGAACAGUUUUUGAUCCUUGAACUCCAUUGCAAGUGGGGAAACAGGUGGUCCAAGAUUGCACAAGAGCUCCCAGGGAGAACGGACAAUGAGAUAAAGAAUUACUGGAGAACCAGUGUGCAAAAGCAAGCACGUCAUCUUAAGAUCGAUGCUAAUAGCGCAGCGUUUCGAGACUUAAUCCGGUGUUUCUGGAUACCAAGAUUGCUUCAAAAGAUGGAAGGGUCAGCCUUUUUUUCAUCAAUGAAAUCCGAAAAUUCGAUACUUCCUCAAUCACUAGAGCAAACGAUGAAACAGCAACAGGUUGCAGGGCAGGGGCGUGGAAGUCUAAGUGAAGCAAUACAAUGUUUGGAGCAAAAUUCAGAUUCAGAGCAGUGUGCAAGUCCACGUGUUUCUUCUUCAGAAUCCAUGAACAAUAAUAUCUCACAAAUAUCCGUAUUCGCAGAAUAUCAAACAAAUCCUUUCGGCGUCACUGGUCACAAUGACUACAACACACUUGCAAAGGAUUGCUAUUAUGUUGCUAAUAAUGUGGAUAGCAGUGGUGGAUAUGACAAGGAAACCAUCAACUUGGCAUCCCCGUCAGCAGCAGUUAAGGAUUUUAUGACGGAUGGCGACUGCCAAUUGGCUGGGAACGAUUGGGUUAAUGAUGGUUUUGCAGAUGGGAUAUGGAGCAUGGGGGAACUGUGGGAACCAUGGAGCUUCCAUUAA